AUGGGCCGAUGGAGCACCUUCGAGUCUCUCAAGAGCGUCCUUCUCUGCGGCUCGACGUUCUCCAGCGGUCACUGGCACGAGAUGGAGCAGGUGUAUUCCGCCUUGCACCACAUGAAGGAGCGACUGCAUCGCGAAUUCGCCAUGGAGAAGCGCACAGUCGACGUGCGGAUCUUCAUAAAGGGCUUCUCGCCGUGCGCCACGCACGCCGAGGUCUCGUGGAACGCUUCGCGAGGCCGCCUCGUGCACAUUGAGGCGCCAAAGCCGCAGUCGCGGGUGUUUAACCCCUAG